AUGGCUUAUGCUGCUAUUUCUUCACUUAUGUAUACAUUGGAACAGCUAUUCAAACCUAAUCAACCUUUCGUUUGUCGAAGCUAUACGCAACAUGUUCAAUCUCUCUGUCAAAAUCUUUCUGCUCUGCAAGAUCUCCUUGACGAUACCACAAAGGAUAUUGAAACUCUUAAGGUUAUAGAAAAGAGGAUGAGAAACGUAGUAUACAAAGCGGAAUACAGAGUUGAAUCAAGUCUAAGAAGGAUUAUUCUAGCAGACCGUGAGGACAAGAGGCAAAAAGCUUAUACAUCCUUUUAUGAAGAAUUGUUGAAAGUGAAAGGACAAAUUUAUUUUCUCACUAAAGAGGUGAUGCAGAUAAAUGUUAAAAAGCAUGGAAGUAAAUCUGCAGCCUUCUCACAAGAUCAAAAAAGUACAAUUGUGGAAAAUACUGUUGUUGGGAUGGAGGAUGACUUCAAUACCAUACUUGAUCGCGUCACUGCCCAAAUAGACGAGUUGACUGUCAUACCAAUAUUUGGUAUGGGUGGUAUCGGUAAGACAACUCUUGCCAGAAAAGUUUAUGAUGAUUCUUCUGUUUGUUCUCGAUUUGAUAAACUCGCAUGGGUCACUAUCUCCGAAGAAUACAAUGAGAGGCAAAUGCUUCUUGAAGUUGUCUCUUCAGUUACUACUGGAGGCAAUCAAGAAAAGAGCGAUGAUGAACUAAUGGAGAUUGUGUAUAGAGGUCUCAAGGGUAGGAGAUUCCUAAUUGUCAUAGAUGAUAUUUGGAGUACUGAGGCAUGGGACCAAAUGCAAAGAAUAUUCCCAAAUGAUGACAAUAAAAGCCGAAUUCUAUUAACCACCCGGCUCAAGUAUGUUGCGGAUUAUGUCAACUGCCCUGAUUUUCCACCUCAUAGUAAGUCUUUCCUAAGUCUAGAAGAUAGUUGGAAUCUAUUCACCGAGAAAAUAUUCAAAAAAGAUCCAUGUCCUCCUCUGCUAGAAGAAAUAGGGAAGCAUAUUGUACAACAAUGUCAAGGAUUGCCUCUCUCGAUUGUUGUGGUUGCCGGACUUCUUGGGAAAAUGGACUUAACGCAUGACAAUUGGAAGAACGUUGAGGAAAAUCUGAGCUCAUUCUUUGGUACAGUAUCUGAACGGUGCCAAUCAAUUCUGUCUCUGAGCUACAAUUACUUGCCCCAAUAUUUGAAGGCUUGUUUUCUCUAUGUUGGAGGUUUUCCAGAAGACAAGGAGAUUAAUGUUUCCCAGUUGAUUAGGUUAUGGAUUGCUGAGCAAUUCGUAAAGGCAAGAAACGAUAAAAGAUUAGAAGUGGUGGGAGAGGAGUAUCUACAAGAGCUAAUCGAUAGAAGUCUAAUUUUGACAGGUAAACAAAGUGCUAAUGGAAGGAUGAGAAGUUGCAAAAUUCAUGAUCUUCUUCGCCAGCUAUGCCUAAGUGAAACUCAUACUGAAAAUGUUGUGCAUGUAAUGAAUGGGAAUGUCGUCGUGUCUUCAGUAGAAGUAAUAGAUGAUCAGCGGCGAGUGAUAGGUCUGCAUAAACAUGAAGAGAAGCAAGUUUAUCGUCCAGCGCAUAGCAAUGAUAUAACAAGUAUAACUCGUACCUUUAUUUCAAUGCAAUAUUUAAAGACUUAUUCCACUGUUUCAGAGUUCAAGUUGCUUAAGGUGUUGGACGUAUCAUCAGUACAUUACGAUUUCUCUAGUGUAAUACCUGAGCUUGUACAUUUGAGAUAUGUUGCUGCAAAAAUUAGAAAAGGUGUUUCACUAGCCAAAUUGAGAAAUCUACAGACCAUAAUUCUUCGAAGUCUUGUAGGAAAAGCGUUGGAGCAACCACUCGAUAUCUGGACAAUGUCAGAGCUUAGGCAUUUGGAUAUCAGAUCAGCGCCACUAUAUUGUAAUCCUCUCGAGGCAGAAAAUAGUUUGUUUCUGAAUAACUUGCAAAAUCUUUAUGUAUAUAACUCUCCUUUCAUUGCGGAAAUCAUAAGAAAAACUCCCAAUCUAAAAAAGCUAAAGGUUUUAGAUGAUUCUGAGCGCCCUGACUGGUCUGCAAUUCUUGAUUCUCUAAUUCUUCUAAAGCAGCUGGAGACUUUACUCAUAAAGGUGGAGAGCAUUGACAUCAACAUUUUCUCCGGAGAUAUUUUGCCUUGUAAAAUCAAGAAAAUGACAUUUAGUAGUAAUAUCAAGAAAUUGAUAUUACUAGAUACUUGUAUACCAUGGGAAGUUGUGAAUUUGUUGGCUAAUUUAUCCAAUCUUGAGGUGCUCAAAGGGUAUCGCUCAUUCAAUGGAAAAUAUUGGAGGCUAAAUGAAGAUGUUGUGUUUCGCAAAUUGAAAUAUCUACAAAUUAUUUACAUAGCUAUGGAAAGGUGGAAAGUAUUCCGUGAUAAACAAUUCGUAGGUCUGGAAAUGUGGGAAUUAGCAGGUGGUAGUAAUAAUUUUCCGAUGCUUGAGCAACUAAAACUGCAUGGGUUGCGUAAACUGGAGGAGAUUCCGGAGAGUAUUGGAGAUAUAAUGACACUAAAAUUCAUCGAGAUAAAAUAUUGCAGCUCUGGUGUAGAGAAUAGUGCAAAGAGAAUUCAACAAGAGCAAGAGAGCUUGGGAAAUUAUGAGCUUCAAAUUAUUACUGCAAAGGUACGUUCAUAUCCAGCGGAACUUUUCGAAUUUCAAGACUAA